AGGAGCAAUGAUGGACUUUUCCACGAUGAUUUAGAAUAAUGCACAUACUUAUCCACCAUUGGACAAACACGUCGUGUUUUUAGUAGACUUUUGUAAUAUUUUUGUUCAUACAUGAUGUUUUCAGUAUUUUGGAGUAUACUUUUCUUCUGUGUUUCUAUAGUACACUCUGUCCACAAAGAUGAAGCACAAUGUCAUCCAGAAGAGGUCCACAUUACUUUUGGCGACAAAGUAUCAGAUGUCGUGGUCAUGUGGUCAACAGUUGGUAAUUGUUCCACUUCGUUAGAAUAUGGUCCCGGACCGUGGGGAUUAUCACAUACAGCCAGUGGGGAUACCAAACUGUUUACAGAAACAAACCCCAACGGAAAACAUUUCCUCCACAGGGUUGAGGUUAAGGACCUGGGUAGUUCCACGACAUAUUUCUACAGACCUAUUAGUAACGGGAUAAGCAGCGGACCAUUUUACUUCAAGACGCCACCGUCGGGAUAUGACUGGAGUCCGGAGUUUUUGGUAUAUGGUGAUUUGGGCGUGGAGUCUGAUGCGAUUCCCGCUUUGGAAACAGAGGCUUUAUCAGGGAAAUAUACGUCAAUUUUUCAUGUUGGCGACUUUGCAUACAAUAUGGAGGACGAUGGAGGAAAACAAGUAAAUGACACGCACAAAAAUAACUCUUCCGUGGAUUUGUGCGAAAAUAAGAGAGGAGACACGUUUUUACGCUUAAUAGAAGAUUUUUCUUCAAGGGUGCAGUAUCUGACUUCUCCUGGGAAUCAUGAAAUCGACCAAGGUAGUUUCGCUCAUUACCGGUAUCGUUUUUCUACACCUGGUACAUCCUGGCCCAUCCCACUGAACAAAAUGUGGUACAGCAUAGACAUAGGACUCGUGCACUUUAUCAGCUAUUCCACGGAAGUGUUUUUCACGUCUGACGGACGGUACAUCGCCGAACAGGAAACAUGGCUCAAGGCAGAUUUAAAGCAAGCAAACGACAACAGAGCACGUUGUCCCUGGGUCAUCGUUCUGGGUCACCGCCCAAUGUAUUGCUCCAAUAGUGAUGAGGAUGACUGCACAAAGACAGACUCUAAAGUUCGCGCCGGAUUGGAAGACAUUUUCUUCAACUAUGGAGUUGACUUAGUUCUACAAGCACACGAGCAUUCUUAUGAGCGAUUGUGGCCGCAGUAUAAAGGAGUGGUACUCAGCAAGAACUAUACAAAUCCCCAGGCACCAGUUCAGCUCAUCUCGGGAGCAGCAGGGAGCAAGUAUAAGGGAGAUAACGAAAAAGCCAAUAGAGGAGAAUGGUCUGCAUUUGCAAAUACAGAUGAAUCUCUAAAUAGCGUGGGCAAAUUGAAAAUUAUGAAUUCAACGCACUUGUAUUGGGAACAAUACAAUUUGUUAACAAAACGUGUGAUUGAUUCAGUUAUAAUCGUACAAGAUAACCACGGGCCAUUCAAACAACAAAAAUUAUCCAAUGAUGUCACGCAGAAAAUUGAAAAAAUUAAGCAAAAGGAGAAAGAGAAGAUUGAAAGCUCAAAGAUUAAUCCGUCUCCACCUAAUCGUCAUGGAGAAUCUGGUAAUUCAUCAGGAAGCACGAAGUCUUUAGGCACCGGUCAAAAAAUAAAGGAAAUGUUGACUCACGUUGAUAAAAGAAUAGCGAUUGGGGUUGGUAGCGGAGUUGGUGCUCUUAUUUUACUAAUUGUGAUAAUAUGUGUUGUAAAAAAGAAGAAAGCUGCUACAGUACGGAAGUACCGAAGAUGGGACGAUAAAGUUGAUUACGGAAGAAAGUUCUACUCUAGUUACAAUCACGUGGAUUCUGGAGAUAAGGAAGCAGACGACUUUGAAGUUGACGUCAGUGAUGGUAAUCUACCAACUAGUAAACUUUUAACAGACGACCGGAAAUGACGUAUGUAAUACCCACUGGUGUCCUUCAAAAAGCCAAAGUCCAAUGUGUGGUCAAAGAUAAAAAAAAAUGCUGGCUCUUGCCAUUCUGCCAGUUGUGUGCCAAAUUCCAUAAAGAACAAAUAUCAACGAACAUACAUGGAAAAUUAUAUUUUUCACGAUCAUUUGUAUCAUCGUUAUGAUACAAUUCAAAGAAACAUAAUUAUUGCACACUGAAAACAAUUUGUGCCCGAAUAUAUAUAUACAAGUAUCUCUCAAUAUUUUAAAUACGUUAAAUUCAAAAUGGUAUUGAAUUUGCAAAAGUUCUUUACUUCAGCGAAGCGUUAUGUAAAAUUGCACAUCGAUCCAAGAUCGGAAAUCGAUAGAUUUGUUGAAAAAAUCAUUAUGUUAUUCAGACCCAUGUGAUCUACAUUAACAUGAGUCAUAACUGUAUCUAGUCAUAAGAUGAAGAAAAACGUAAAUGCAAAUAUUACUUUUUUACUCUUAAAGAUACUCAUUUUUUUAUGUUUCUCAGCGAAAUUUCUGAAUACAGAAUACUUAGGCCCGGGUACUGGGCUAGCAACAUUUCGGGGGUUGGGUGGGGGGGGGGGGAGCAUAUUCAGAUUUUUAAAUAUGUUCCCUUGAAAAUGUAUUAGAGGACGCGGACACAUUCAGAGCUACUUGGGGCAAUAUGUAAUUUUGU